AUGGCAAAGCUUGAUGAUUUGCCACAAGAGCUAAAGGAGCUUAUUCUCUGCUCCGCUCCUGACAUUACCACCCUCAACUGUCUCGCACAUUCAUCUCCACUAUUUUACAAUGCCUAUCGCAGGAGGCGUGAGGAAAUAUUCGCGACUGUCAUUGCAACUGAACUCACGCCGGCCAUUCUCCAUGAAGCACGAUGUGUAGUACGAGCCUCCUUUGUUGAGCGUGGGUCAUCAUGGCUCAUCGACGUGGAGCAGCUACUGGGAGAGUAUGAUAAGGGAAGAAAUAAUACAUUUUCCUUGGAUAUUACACCCACGGAACUCAUAUAUAUAUCGAAAUUUCUACCUGCUCUCCGCGAUGUAUCUAUGGCUUUUUUUCGAUCGACGCUAUCACAUCAUCCGCUGACUGGAGACAAAAUGAAUCUGCCCUUACCUACUCAAGCUGAGAUGUGCAGAGUUCAGCGUAGCAUUUUGAGAAUGGAAACAUUCAGUAUACUUUUCUCUGAAAGAGAAUGCCGUCCUUCUUAUCGUCCAAGCUGGUCAUCUCCCCUUGAAGCACUCAACAACCUCUUCUUCUCUAGGUUUGAGCUUUGGGAGGUAGAGGAAAUUAAGUGCAUGCGUGAUUUCUUUUACAGGCAAUACAAUACGAUAUUUAGAGAGUGUUCGGCUGAACUUCGUAACCUAUUUGUCUGGCAAGAAUACCGCGACCUAGAUCCAAAUGACAGUAUGGAGAAGGCUGCAGCAAGGACCAAAGAUAAGACUUACAAUCAAUACCGAGAGAUGACCGAAAAGUUAUUGAGUUUUGGCUUCGGAUUCCUCCACGAGGUGAUGAACGAAAACUCGGAAUAUGAUCAAGUCCUUCUGUUAGAAGAGGCUGCCGAGUAUAGGGUGUUUCGCGCCCCCAUCGACUUCCUCUCGGAUACCCUGGACGGAUUCUUUCACUCGCGUGACAUGCGAAUCAUGCAAGAUAUCGAGUUUCGGAAAACUGUACUAGAGCCACAACCUACAGGGAAUGAGAGGCCAAAUCAGGCAUGGCUUUGGUCUAUCCAACAAUGGGAUCCCGCCUUAGAUGGGGAGAAUUAUGUUUCCUGUCGCGAUAGAAGAGAUUGUUUAAGAUCGUGGGGUUAUGUAAUGUGGGACAGCUCAAGGUUGGAGUCACUAGGGGUCAUGAACUGCAAGAUUCAGGAUUUGCAGCCACACGGGCCAAAAGUUAUGCAAGGGCCAUUGUUGACAGAUCGUCCGAAGACGAAUGAAGGCUGA